GGGGCCCGUCUAACAGAAUGGGUAGGAAAAGGUCGUAAUAUGGGCACUAAGCAAAGAAGUAUUAAAGUAAGACGGUCCGGGCAGGAUCAACCUUCCUCGAGCCGUAGAUGAAGAGGCGUAGGCAGCAAGGAAGCAAGGAUGGGAAAAGCGAGAGAAGAAGCAGGGAAAGACGCCUGGCGACGAACGAGAGGGUGAAACGAGAGAAGGCGACAAGACGUCAGGUGUUUGGAGAAAGAGUGGUGGUGGGAGGAAUGCGGUUGGAGACUUUGAUGGCGGAGGCCGAAGGGGCAGCCAGCGGUUUCAAAGGGCACGCCACGCGACAGGGCCUGGGCGACGCAAGGACGGCGGCGGCGGCGACGGUUUUGCCGGGGCCCUGGGUGGUAUUUGCGGGAGCGUUACGCCCGAAGCAGCAGUGAGUCGUAAUCCGCGGCGGCAGAGAGUGGAAAAAGCGGGCUCAGAUAUCGACGGGCACAGGGAGCGGAG